ACCUCUAGCUAGACCAUAACAAACUGCGAAAUAAAGAUAAGAAAAAAAUAACAACAACAUGUUUACGAAAAACGUUUCUUUGUUUAAACAUUAACAUUGCGCUCGUGACGUCGCCGUCGCCGUGUGGGGGGCCAUGAUAUGCGAUUAAGCCACUUGCUGCUGCCCCGGAUUUCCGCAAAAAAGAAAUACGCGCAAAGGUCAAAUUUCAGAGACAACUGUAAUUUCAUUACAGGCUGCAGGCUGUGAUUCACUUGUUUAUGUCCCAGACCUUUAUCUCGAGUGGCGCGAUCCGAUAACCCCUCCAUCAGGCGUCACUCCGGCUUUGUUUGCCUGCAAACGCACAUCUCACACUUUGCACAAUGAGGCUCAACUCGGGUAUAUUUUGGGUGCUGCUAAUCCUGGCCACUUUUGUGGGCCUGGGCGACUGCUUUUGGCCCUGGCCGUUUGUUAAAAAGCACAAGGACAACGCUCCUCCUACGCCGCCACCCCCGCCCAAGCUCUCGCCUGUGAUUUUUGUUCCUGGCGAUGGCGGCUCCCAGCUGGAUGCCCGGCUGAACAAGAACAAUUCCCCGUACUUUGUGUGCGAGAAGACCCACGAUUGGUACAAUCUCUGGCUGGAUCUGGAACAGCUUGUUAUACCCAUGGUCUACUGCUGGAUAGACAACGUCAAGUUGUACUACGACAAGGCCACGAGAACCACACACAAUACGCCCGGAGUGGAGACCCGGAUUCCCGGCUGGGGCGAUCCCGAGGUGGUGGAGUGGAUCGAUCCCACGAGGAACAGUGCUGGGGCCUACUUCAAGGACAUUGCCAAUGUUCUGGUGGACAUGGGCUAUGUGCGCCGGUUGAAUAUCCAUGGAGCACCUUACGAUUUCCGCAAGGCGCCGAAUGAAAAUAAGCAAUUCUUCAUCGAUCUCAAGCAAUUGGUGGAGGACACCUACGAGGCCAACAACCAGUCGGCCGUCACCUUUAUCACCCACAGCAUGGGCAGCCCCAUGACGCUGGUCUUCCUGCAGGAGCAAACUCUGGCGUGGAAAAACAAAUAUGUGAGGCGGCAAAUCAGCUUGGCGGGCGCCUGGGCCGGCAGUAUAAAGGCUGUGAAGGUGUUUGCCAUGGGCGAUGAUCUCGACUCGUUCGCCUUGAGUGCUAAAAUCCUCAAAGCAGAGCAGAUAACACAUCCCUCGACCGCCUGGCUACUGCCAUCGCCGUUGUUCUGGAAACCGUCCGAGGUGCUGGCCAUGACGCCGAGCAGAAACUAUACGAUGGCACAGCUCCAGGACUUUUUCUACGACCUUGAUUAUAUGACUGGCUGGGAAAUGCGCAAGGAUACGAUGCGAUACACGCAGAACUUUAGUCCGCCGGAUGUGGAGUUGCAUUGCCUGUACGGGGAUGGUAUCGAUACGGUAGAGAGAUUGCAGUACAAAAAGUCGGAUAUAUCGGGGGAGACGCCCAAACUUAUCAUGGGCCUGGGCGACGGCACCGUCAAUCAGCGCUCCCUGCGCGCCUGCCAAUACUGGUCGGGAUAUAGCAGCUCCCAUAUCAAUACUCUGGCCCUCCAGGGCGUCGAUCACAUGAAGAUUCUGGCCCACCCAGAUGUUCUCAAAUACGUGCGCACUGUCAUGGAGCAGCCGUAAGGCCCUACUAUUUGUUUAAGUGUAAAGUAAAAUAUAGUAUCUGUAAAAGCAAUGCCAAUCUUUAAAUGUUAAAUAAAUGUAAUUCGUUGAA